GCACGUCACUGCAUGCAGCAUGUGCAUGUAGGCCAGCUGUGUACGUACGUGUACGUUCGUACUCUAUGCAUACUGUACAUAUCCGUAUAAAUACAAUUUGAAAUCGCCGUUGCGAUAACACUCGGAUAGAACCGAAUGCAGGCUUAGCACGUGCGAUCACUCUGGUAAAAGCAAAGACGGCCCUACAAUUUUCCGAAGGGAUAUUUUACCGAAUGUUGCCAUUUCUGAUGUGGAAAUAUUUCAGUGGCGCAGUCUGAAGCUCCCAAGAAUAUGCCAAACUCCUCAAGGAUGCUUUACGCCUCGAUUUUGGUCGUCACACGAAUGGAGCGGAUGUAGUGAAAUUCCUCCAUCAUCGUCACUUCAGCAGCUGGAACUUCGUGGAAGCUAAGCCGGAAGCCGUUCGAGUAGGCCUACUUGUUUUUGGAAACUCUUCUGGCGAGAUAUUCUGGAUCCUGCAAAUGGUACUCACGGGUUUCACCAAAGAGUACCGCGAUCUGGAGACCUUCCAACCCUACAAUCCGACCGCGUCUAGUGCAAUCAUGCCUCCCCAGGCUCAAUCCCCUACCGCCCAUCAUCACCAUCAUCAUCACCACCGGGACCACCAACACUCGCCCGCCGUGACGGUCGGCAUGGGUUCCCCGCCAAAGACGGCGCGGGCCCCGACAACUUCCAACAUUUUUAGAACCGAUUCGGCGAACGAGGAAGACAUUGAUACCAAAGUCAAGUGUGUUUUAAUUGGUGAUGGAGCAGUGGGCAAGACUAGUCUAGUGGUCAGCUAUACAACAAAUGGAUACCCCUUGCAAUAUGUUCCAACAGCAUUUGAUAAUUAUUCAGUUGUGGUAAGAGUGGAUCGAAAGCCCAUCAAGAUACAGAUAUGCGACACAGCUGGUCAAGAUGAUUUUGAUUCACUACGCCCGCUGUGCUACCCGCAGACAGACGUGUUUCUGCUGUGCUUCAGCGUGGUCUCGCCCACGUCCUUCCACAACACUUUGGAGAAGUGGCUGCCGGAGGUACGACGACACAACCCCAAGACCCCCAUCAUCCUUGUGGGCACGCAGUGUGACCUACGGACUGACGUCAACGUUCUAAUCGAUCUGGCCAAGUACCACGAGAGGCCCAUCACAGAGGAGGAGGCUGUUUACAGAGCCCAGCGAAUCAACGCCGUCAGCUACGUGGAAUGCUCGGCCUUGACACAGCACAAUCUCAAGGAUGUCUUUGACACUGUUAUCCUGACCGCCCUGCAGUUCACGGGACCCCCCAAGGGCAAAGGGAGCUCCAAAUCCAAGGGGUCCAAGAAAAAGUCCACCAAAACCAAGAAAGAAAAGCCGCUACCAUCCAAACCCAAAUCCUCCAUCUGGAAGAAACUGUGUUGUAUCGUCUGAGGAAAUCUGCUCAUUCUCCCUGUAGCCGUUGUCUUUCCCCCCACUUGUUUUGGACUGUCAAGUCCUUCGUGAGACAAGAAAGCUUGCAGACUGUGAAUUUCCGUUUAAAAAUUCACACACAAAAUCCUAAUCUUCAGGACUUAUAAUGUGAAGAUGGAGGUAUGCUUGCAAUAGUUUUUGGGAAACUCCUGUCUUCUUGUUGUCAGUUGGCUGCAUCCUUGAUUCUAUCCGGAACUGGUGCCAGUUUGAUGCAAAUAGUUGCUUAUCCUCAGGAACAGAUACAUACAUGUUUGCAGGGUUUGGAGUUAACUAGCAAAAAAACUGCAGUGAACGUUGAACAGUCACUAAAGCAAUGGCAAGCACGGUUUACGUUUUCCAUACAUAUGCCAUGUUGCCUAAUUAACAUAGUUCUCAGAGCGUGUAUCAUAAUUAUCAAGCAAAACGUAUAUAUUGUAUUCCCAUUUUAAUUUAUUGUAACAAGCGCAUAAAGUACUGUUUUUUCCAGAACAUAUUAAAGUUUAUUUAAAAACACAGCAUAGGAAUAUUCAUGACAUACACAUCCAAGAAAAAUCAUCCUCCUUUGGUGUAUUUAGGCUUUUUGAAAUUCACAUCUAGCCAUGAAGCCACACAGAUUGAAAACAAAUUGACUAAGACAAAAAAAAGUUGAAGCGUUGUAUUUCACUUGCUGCAAAAGUUUUACUAUACAUAGCAUUAAUAACUUUAGCAAAUUUAUGUGGUAAGCACAAAAUCAGCGGAUUACCAGUCAGAACCGAUACACUUUUAAUGACAUUUUGGCUGGUAGGCUGUUUUUGCUAAACAAAUUCCUUUCUAAGCUUAGCAUAUUUGUGUGCUUAGCAGCUCCGCGAAAUUGGCCUUUGAUUUUGUGUCAUUUUAAUUGUUGCAUGAACGGGUUUUUGUUUUUGGCAAUCUUUGUGCAAGUGGAAAUAAAACCCAAUUUAAUGCCAUUUUUAUUUCGUUGCGGUUCAUGCCCGUUUCAAAUGUUUUAAAUUUAGUUCCCUCUAGAAGCAUUUUUAGCAGAAUGGCUUUAGUGCAUUUACGUCCAUGAGAUUUCGCAAUGCAGCCUGCAUCUUUGCCUGAUAUUGGUGAUAACAGUAUCAACAUUAAUAUCUUGAUACCGAAGGCAGUGGAAAAUUACCAGAAUUUAAAAAGAAUAAUUUCGUCAUAUUCUUAUGUAACCCUGCAUAAUAUUUUCAAAUUUGAAGUCUUUUAUAAUCCUUCAGUGGUGUUUUGAUCCAUUUGAGAAAAGGACAGGCCAAGUCAUGAGAUGGAAAACAAAAAAGGCUGCCUGAAGAUUAGGCCUACUUGUGUAUCUGUACUUUAAGCGUGAAUUUGAAGCACAUGCAUUUUCUGAACAUUUGCAACUUUUGGUUUUGUAUGUUCUUGAGAUAUUUUUAAUUUAUUGUCAAGAGUUUCGAUAUUUGAAAUAAAUGAGUCUCAAAAAGUGUCUGUCUGGUGAAAGCUCAUGGUAACUACUUCUGGCAAGUCAGUGUUUGCAUGUUAUACCAAGCCAUUUUAAUAUAAGGAUGGUCAGUACAUGUAGUUAAAAGAAAAUAGGACGGACUAAUUGAAAUCUGUAAGUUAACAAGGAAAACAAACAUGCAUUCGGACACUAGAGCAGUAAAGAUCUUUUCUUUGAGUGAAAUUAUAUUGCAUGGCCAGCCUUCCAUUGCAACUUUAAUACGCUUACAUGUAAGUUCAUUCACUGUUGAGAAUACUUCCUUUAAAGAUACUUCUUCUUUUUUGGUAUUUUUAAAAGAAAAACAUUUAAGUUCAAAGCUGUGGAAAUGUUUUGUGAAUAAUGGGACAGCCGCUUUUGGUAUUGUUUUAUUUUAUGCUGUUUUUGAGGAUGUAAGGAGCAUCUGAUGAUUGUUUUUUUUUCCUUUAUUUGUUGUAAAUACAGUUUUGUAAUAUUGUGAAAUAAAAGAGAGCAAUUAUUGAGUAAAA